AUGUUUGACAACACGCAGUACCCCUAUAACUGCUUUAAUUACGACGGGGAUGAUUAUCCUACCUGUAGUUCUGACGAAGAGAAAAAAUUCACCAGACCGGCGUACAGCUACAUUGCCUUAAUUGCAAUGGCCAUCCAGCAAAGUCCUUCAAAUAAAGUCACCCUCUCUGGCAUUUAUGACUUUAUAAUGAAGAAAUUUCCUUACUACAGAUCAAAUCAAAGAGCCUGGCAGAACUCCAUCCGACAUAACUUAUCGCUUAACAGUUGUUUUGUAAAGGUUCCCAGAACAGAAGGGAAUGAGAAGGGGAAAGGAAACUAUUGGAGCUUUGCGACGGGAUGCGAAUCCAUGCUGGAUCUCUUUGAAAAUGGGAAUUACAGGCGAAGACGGAGGAGGAGGAACGUGAAAAGGGAACAUAAGGACCAGAGACCAACUAGAGGGAAAAGUCCUUCAUCCCCUGAUAUGUCUUCUAUGGACUCUGCUUUAAACAACAUUUCCUCUUCUCAAAGUAAACAUGGAAGAAUUGAAUCAGGACCAAGACUACUGGAUCCUCGUGGGUUUGCUCCAAACAGCGUGACCAACAGGCAGAGCCUAAGCAAUUCCUCCUUAGCAAAAUCGGAUUCUGAAAUUAAAUUCAGUAUUGAUUACAUUCUUUCAGCCCCCGACCCUUUGCCUGUCCUAAGGUCUCAGUAUACUAUGCAAGAAAAUAAAUAUCAUCUACUGGAGGCCCAGCAAAUUAAUCUCCAGUUCUGGACAAUGUGA